AUGCCGCCGAAGAAGCGAGACAAGGCGGCCGAGGCCGCGGAGGCGGAGGAAGCCGCCGCGGCGAAGCUCUCGAGGGCGAUCUUCGACGACGCCCUCGACGCGCGGAUGGUCGCGCGCGCGCGCCCGUCGUCCGUGCGCGAGCUCGUCCCGAGCAAGCUCCUGCGCCGGAGCGACUGCAAGGACAUCCACAAGAAGUCGUCGACGCGGAAGAACCGGUACAUGACCGUGUUCCCCGGUCAGCUCGCGGCGCUGAGGGAAGGUCGGAUCGGCUCGCUCGCCAAGCUGGACUCGCAGAACCCGGUGUUGUACGUCGAGUACGCGGGCCUCGGGCGGCUGAAACUGCAGGGGACGAUCGUUCGAUCGCGGACGACGCGAUACUUCACCCUGAACGUCAAGAGCAAGGACAGGAUGAACCUGGAGGAUUGGUUCGACAGCGUGAUCAUCUUCUCGCGGUUCUCGUGGGUGGGCACCGCGGAGGAGAACCCGGGCGAGGAGCCGCUGCCGUUCCCGGAGAGCCUGAAGCACGUCCAGGAGGCCGCGGAAGCCGAACCGUCGCGGACCGACGCGGCGGCAGACGCGAGCGUCAAGCCGGGGGCGUCGCCGCUGGAUCCGGUCAUCGCGAAGGCGCUGGAGGAGCGCGAGAGAGCCGAGGCGGCGAACCCGAAGCCGAAGACGGACCCGUCCGUCGUGGAUUUUUUCGCGGGCUCCGUCGCCGCGGAGGAAGGCGCGAAGCCGAUGCUGAGCGUCGUCGAGGACGACGGCGGCGCCGCCGCGGCCGCCAUGCGCUCGGCGGCGGCGGCGGGGGAUGGGAAGUCCCCGGCGAAGGCGGCGAACACGCACGCGAUCGUCGUCGACGACGAGGACGAGGACGAGGACGAGGACGAGGACGACGGCGGGGGCGGCGGCGGACGGAGGGCGUCCGCGCGACCCCAGCGCGAGUCCGCGAAGGCGAUGAAGUACACGUACGACGACGACGACGAGAUGGACGACGACGACGACGACGACGACGCGGCGCAGGUGUUCCGAGGGAAAGCCGCGGAGAGGGGACCGGCGCCGGCGCAGCUGUUCGCGCCCGUGUUCGCCAAAGCCGCGGCGAAGCCGACGAAACCGAAGCCGGCGGCGAAGUCGCGGGCGUCCGUCGACGCGACGACGAAGGCCCAACCUCCCGCGAAGAAACCCAAGGCGGAGAAGAAGAAGGAAGUGAUAUCGAUAGACGACGACGACGAAGAGGAGGAGGGGGGGGGCGAGGAGGAGGAGGAGGACGACGACGACGUCGUCGUCGUCCCGAAACAGAAACCGCCGCGGAGGGCUUCCGCGAGCGCGUCCGAGGCGAAGCGGAAGCGCGCGCUGGAGGAGUCGGACGAGGAGGACGAGGAGGACGAGUCGGAGUCCGAGAUGGAGGAGGAGGAUGAGGACGACGACUCCGACUUCGACGCGUGA